AUGUUGCGGAGACCUCCUAAGAAGAUGCCGCCUUCUAGCACUGCAGUUAAGGACAAGGUUGUACGCAUGUUCGGCCAACGGUCGAUGCGCACCCUUCUAGACGCGCUUUCCCACACACCGGUGGGGGUGGUGGAGCACGUGGGUUCGGUGUUGGCACUGUGCGCGUGUGUGGUCGAGGCCGGUCUCACGGCUUCGCGGGCCUUGACCUUUCCGAGCCCUACGGUUGGAGGUGUGGCGACCGCAAAUGGUUCCCUUGCUAUUACGGAUGAAGGGAGGAAGCGGGCGGCCGCGAUCGUUGACCACGCCAGACAGCUGCGGCGGCUCCAUUUAAGGGCGAAUAAUACCGAGAAGAACAUUCCCAGAUCGAGGGCAAACAAGCAUCAAAUGCUUGGGCCGAGACGAGCCGGGACAAUCGGUGUAAAGGGCGAAGAAGCGAUGAUGGCCUUGGGAGACCUCGGGAAGUGGGCUAUCGUUCACAAGCGGAACUUACCGUGUCUCAUGAAAAUUCUUCAAGCGGCCGAAGCUCUUCUGUUGUCAGACGCACUCCUUGUUCGGCACUUCGCCAGGAUGAUAGGCGCGCAGGAGGCUCGAGAGGCUCUGGUCGAGGCGGGGAUUUUCCUGGGGCACGUCACGCAGACGUGUGACGCGCUUGUGGAAGAAGUAAGGAGGAGGGCGAUCGCUGCUGUUUCCGUCCAGCGGUUUUGGAGGGGUGCACGCGUGCAAAGGCACCAGCAGGCCGCAGACCCCGGGCACUUAGGCGACGACAGUCUCGAGGAGGCGAAGGUUCCAACCGCAGGCGGGACGGUUGCCUUCCUCCCAGCGAGCAGAACCAAUCGUCACGUCGGUUCUGACGACAUUCAUCAAUUAGCCGCUGCAGAAAUGGUGCGGGCAGUUGACUCCGCUCUCUUCCUCGCGGGUACUCGAACCAAGGCAGCGGUGGUCCUACAGCGAUGGACGAGGAUUAGGAGAAGCCGACAGUACCGGGAGGAAGCUCGUGUGCGGAUGAGAACGGAGAGAUUGGUCACGGCAGCGGUUGGUGUGCAGGCGCUAGCUCGAGGGAUCAGCGCUCGCCGCCAUGCGUCUCGAGCGACCAGGCGAGCGGCAGCGGCAGUGACCGUUCAAGCCUUUUGGCGCGGACUGCUAGGAUGGAAGCGGGCCCGAAGCCGAGAGUUUGGAGUGGUGUUUCUCCAAAGGUGGUGGCGAUACACCACAGCACUGUCUCACCUGUCUCGCAUCAGCGCGCUGGCGCAAACGCGAAAUCUGGAAUCCCUCGCGGACUCGGCAUCUUACGUACGAAGAAUCACGCUGGGUAUCUUUUCGCACGACGAACCCACGCUUGGCUUGUCAGCAUCUCGGUAUCCGCGCAAGGUCUGGAUCCACAAGCAGUGGACAAGACAGAUGAUCACACCUCUGUCACCCAGCUCAGUAGGUAGGUUAGGCAGAUCCCAAAGGGAUAGCAGACUAGGGAUAGCAGACUGUGACCAUCGCGAUGCAUCCCUGUCUUUGCACUUGGCCAAGGCACGCUUCGAGAUGGAACAGCGAUCCACGCCGAAGGCGGCCGGAGACAUCCUUCGGGCCUUGGUGACGCGUCAUUUUUCCCAGCCACCCGCCCUGGGUAAACUCACUUCGGCCCUGCGGCGGCGGAAGAACCGUGUGGGUGGAGACGGCAGUCUGUCACUCACCCACAGGACGGGGGAAAUGGCAGCGGUUAGAGCUGGACAGGGCCAACACGCCCCGGGGCUCACACCACGAUUUAUAGAGGGGAAAGAGAACCAUAACAACAACACCAACACCAAGAGCAGCAGCAACAACAACGACAGCAACAGCAACAACAAUGGCCCUGCCUGCGCGAUAGAUGGAAGUGAUGGUAUGCCUGUCAGCCCUGGCAAAGGCCCAGAACCACGUACGGCAGUAUCGGGAGCCUUCCGCGGGGAGCCACUCCAGGACAUCGACGGCGCAAAGUUCCCGUCGGAGAUACCGUCAAGGACUGUCCAACCCACUUUGGGGCUUGCAAGCACGGACAGGUGCGAGGUAGCUGCGGGGCCUUCGGCACCCGACGGCGGAAAGAGCGCCAGCCCUUGUUUGUCCAUUGUCGACGAAGUGGCAUCCCAGCAGGCGGAUGCCCACAGGAAGACAUCAAGGGGCUUGGGGAUGGAGUACGACGCCCCUUUGGCAAGACCCUCCUGCCAAACCGGCAACGGCACCGACCUCGCAGCGAGAGCUACAUCGACGGCACCCCUCCAACGAGCCGAGAAAGCCACCAACGUGCCCCAGACACCCUCGUCGCCAACCGACGCUCCGUCGGCGGGGAUGCGCCUGCUACAUCGCCAUCGCCAGCGACACCGCGGCGACAGCGACGAACAGACCGCGGCAACAGCAGCCGGAGCUCCUCUCCUGCCGGGAGGAUGCCGCGCAGCCGUGCCCCACGGUCAAUGUCUCCCGCCCGAAACCUGCAGGCCACCGCCAGCGAGACCCAGCCACCAAUUCUGGACCGCGCCAUCACGGACACGUCCGGAGGGCUAG